AUGUCUAUCGAUUUCGAAAAGAUCCACACACCCAAGACUCUUUCGCAUGUGUUUGAGCUGCAGCCACUCGCCGACACCUUGGCGGCCAAGCCUCUCUCCGCAGCAGCGUGCAAGCUCAUAGACAUGCCCAAAAAUGAGUUCUUGGAUACUGAAGAAGAGAUCAAUGCGAUUGAGGCGGCAUUAUAUAUAUUGAGUGUCAAGUUUGAUACCCUACCGAAGGAGGAGAGGCCGAAUGACCGGGACAAGGUGCGACUGGUAGGUGGGUCAUACGGGGAUUUUACUGCCGCUGAAAGAGCUCAGUGGAUCACCCGGAACCGUGGCCCCACCAUAGAGCAAUUGAUUUCUCGAGUGGAGCCUCCUUUUCACGCUCAGUCGAUCGACUUGAUGUACAAGGACGUAGCGGCUAUGAUUGACGAACGACUGGCCAAGGUCCUCCCUAAGGAUGCCAGAGACGCCAAGACGCAGCGCUAG